CUCAGAAGAAGAAGGAGCACAAGAACUGUGCUAUGAAGUCGAUAGCUUUUGUGUCCGUUUCAAAUGUAUUACUACAGGCUGAAACACCUUCAUUUUGGAGCUGCCUUACUCAAAACAAAAGAGGGGGAGUGGUCGGAUGACUUGAAUUAAGUCUGAAGCCGGUAACAUCAACAGUGAGGACAAACCCAUCCUGCCUCUUUCCUUCCACACUGAGUAGAAACCUACAGUCACUGGGUCCUGAUUGUGACAGUGGAGCCCAGUUUGCACUGCAGGAUCCAGAGAUGGCAUCAGUGAAGCUGGAUGACUGCAGUCAAACACUAGAGCUGAAUGUCAACAUUAAAGAUGAAGAAGAGGAGGAGAAUAUUGGGAAAUCUGUUUCUCAUGGAGACCAUGUUGAGACAUUCUCUACAUCCAGAGAGCAACAGCAGGAAGAUCACAGAGCUAAGAGGUCUCACCACUGCCCACAUUGUGUGGAGAUUUUCCCAUUUCUAUCAAAGCUAAAAAUACAUCUACAAAUACACACAGGAGAGAAGCCUUACUCCUGCUCUGACUGUGGGGUGAGUUUCGCUCGACUGGAUACCUUAAAAACACACCAACGUAUACAUACGGGAGAGAAGCCUUACUACUGCCCUGACUGUGGGGAUAGUUUCUCUCAAAUGAGCAGCUUAAAAGCACACCAACAAAUACAUACAGGAGAGAAGCCUUACUCCUGCUCUGAUUGUGGGAAGAGUUUCUCCCGAUCGGAUACCUUGAAAUCACAUGAACGUAUACAUACAGGAGAGAAGCCUUACUACUGCUCUGACUGUGGAAAACGUUUCUCCCGAUUGGAUAACUUGAAAUCACAUGAACGUAUACAUACAGGAGAGAAGCCAUACUCCUGUUCUGACUGUGGAAAAUGCUUCAAAACAUUAACUGAGCUAAAAGUACAUCAGAGAACACAUACAGGAGAGAGGCGUUACUUCUGCUCUGACUGUGGAAAAUGUUUUAAAACAUCAACUGAGCUAAACCUUCAUCAGAGAACACAUACAGGAGAGAAGCCUUACUUCUGCUCUGACUGUGGGAAGAGUUUCUCCCGAUUGGAUUCCUUAAAAACACAUGAACGUAUACAUACAGGAGAAAACCCUUACUCCUGCUCUGACUGUGUAAAAUGCUUCAAAACAUCAACUGAGCUAAAAGUUCAUCAGAGAACACACACAGGAGAGAAGCCUUAUUACUGCUCUGUCUGUGGAAAAUGUUUUAAAACAUCAAAUGAGCUAAAAGUUCACCAGAGAACACACACAAGAGAGAAGCCUUACGUCUGCUCUGGCUGUGGCAAGAGUUUCUCUCACCAGAGCAACUUAAAAACACACCAACGUGUACAUUAAGGAGAAAAGCCUCAUCAGUUCUCUGACCAGCUAAGAAUAAAGUCACUCCAUCACUUAAUUCAUCUCAUAAAAGAAGUUGUAACGUUGAAUUGGAUCAAAUGAAGAAAGUAUAGAACACUAUUGUAAUCCUAUUGUUUCUCACUGUGAAAGAACUGUCCAGAGGAAAGGGAGCAUUACAUAAUGUUAGCCUCUCUUUACUUUACUGAUCAGUGUGCACCUUGUCAGUUUUAGUGUGCUUUGUUUUGUUAGCUUCUACUGUAAAGAUGUGCACUUAGUGUUGACCCUGUGUGAGGCUUCUCAUUUUGAUUUGAGAUUUGUCAGACACUAGUCUGACAAUUGACUAGGUGGUACUGCUUCCCUCUCAGCCUGGUCUGACUCUGUCUGUGCGGAGAGUUUCAACUGGGCAGCUUAAAAACACACCAACAUUUACACGUAGGAGAGAAGCCUUACUCCUGCUCUGUGGUAGGAUGGGCGUGUAACUCAAACGUCUAGCCAAAGGUUGCGUUUUUGAAUCUCAUCACAGAGGACUUUAGCAUUUUAGCUAAUUAGCAACGUGGUUACAUGUGAUCUGCACUUGUGAGGCCGGUUGGAUGUACUGCAAAAUUCUCUAAAAGGACGUUAGAGGUGUCUUAUGGUAGAGAUAUAAAUAUUGAGUUCUCUGGCAACAGCUCUGGUGGACAUUCCUGCAGUCAUCAUGAGAAUUGCACAUUCCCUAAACUUGAGACGUCUGUGACAUUGUGUGGCCUUUUAUUGUCCCCCAGCACAAGGUGAACCUGUGUAAUGAUCAUGCUGUUUUAUCAGCAUCUUGAUAUGGAUGGAUGUUAAUAUGGAAUAUCUUGGCAAAGGCUGAAAUGCUCACUAACAGGGAUAUAAACAAAGUUGUGCACAACAUUUGAGAGACAUUAGCUUUUUGUGCAUAUGGAACAUUGCUGUUUUUUUUUAUUUCAGCUCAUGAAACCAACACUUUACAUGUUUAGUUUAUAUUGGUAGUCCAAUGUAAUGUAACCAAACAUAUUAAAUGGAGUGGCAUGGAUAAUAUAAUACGUUUUGCUCUGAGACCAGGUUGUCCCUCUGCAGUAUUCUGUGGGAAGGAGCUAGUAUACACUUUUUUUAUUUAUUGAACCUUUAUUUAACUAGGCAAGUCAGUUAAGAACAAAUUCUCAUUUACAAUGAUGGCCUAGAUACAGUGGGAUAACUGCCUUGUUCAGAAGCAGAACAACAGAUUUUUACAUUGUCACCUCGGGGAUUUGAUCUAGCAACCUUUUGGUUACUGGCCUAAUGCUCUAACCACUAGGCUACCUUCCGCCCCUAACAUGUAUCAGAUAGAGAUGGUGUGAUGAUCACUUUUCACCAUUAGUUUGGGGGGAUUAUUUUACAACUUUAUUUAAUGAUACACAGUUUAUGAAAUGAAUACAUGUGUUUAUUAAUUGUCUUUAAAACUAGAUGAGUUAUUUUAGUUACUGAUCAUGAAUGUGUUUGGAUAACUGCAUUGAAGAAAACUUUAUUGAUCUGCCAAUGAAAAAUAAAGUUACAUGAAUAUGUA